AUUUUCAUUUUAUGUUCUUCAUGUGUAUUUGUGUCAUUUGUUUUGUAUGUGCGUUGUUCUCUACCUAAAUGUGUGUAUAUUAUCACAGAAAGUCACACUGAUCUGUGGCCCCCCCCUAGCGGUUGUGGCCCUAAACAACCGAAUAGAGUGUUUAGGGCCAGCGGCCCGGCCCUGGUUUAUAUACAGUCUAUGGUUAAACCCUGUCAAAAACUCGAACUUCCGCCUCCCACUUACCUUAGCUUUUGACAUAACUACAGAUAUCUGCAAUGACACCUAGUCAAAACUCUAAUUCAAGAUAUCUGUAAUUACAUUUUGACUAGGCAGAAUGAAAAUUAAAUAUAUCUCCAAUUUGAUAUAUAUCUAAUCAAAAUUCAUUUUGAUAUCUAUAACUUGAUAAUAGAUAUCUGAAAUGAAAUUACCGGUAUGACUACUCCUAAUUCAAGUCUGAGAUAUCUACAAUGUCAUUCUGGCUAGUUAAAACUUAAUUUAAGAUAUCUAAAAAGGACAAUUUGACAAUUUAGAUAUCUUGAAUUGAGGGGAAAUAAAGAUAUCUUGAACUGGAAUUCUGACUAGUCACAAUCAAACUGUAGAUAUCUGAAACUGGAAUUACAACUAGUCAUAAUUCAGCUGCAGAUCUGAAACUGAAUUGCAGAAAUCUGUAAUUAGAAACCCCAUUCCCAUGAAUGGCAAAAGUAGUUCGAAUCUUUCUAGUCGAAAUGUAAUUACAGACAUCUUAAAUUGCAGCUUUGACUAGGCAAAAUGACGUUGCAGAUUUCAGUAAUAAAUAUCUAGUCUAGCUAGAACGGCUUGCCAUAGAUAUGGGGGGAGAACCAGCUGUAACCAGAUCUCUUUAACCCCCCGUGCCUGUUAGGGAGGGUGUUUGUGUGUGUGUCUCCACAUGUGCGUGUGUUUGUGGAUAUAUGCACGUGUGAGUAUGUGCAGGCCUAAGUAAAGUCCAGUCUUUCAUUGAUGCAGUGCGCGAGACUAGCGGGAUUAGAGCUGCAACAGUCGUGCGAAGGAAGACUGUUUCCGUCUGAAACUAGCUACACAGGACCAGCCUUGUGGAGAGAGGGGAUUGAACUUCAACUACUGCUGCCUUUUCCUCCUUGCCAUCUUUGGUUACAGCACUGACAGUGUUUGUAUAUUAAACAGUAGCCUGGCCAUGGCGCUGUGUGGAGUCAAGGGAACACGUUUCUUGGGGCCCAAUGUGUACCCAGAGGCCCCUGAUGGAGGCUUUGGAUGGGUGGUGGCCGUGGCCUUCUUCCUGGUGGAGGUUUUCACCUAUGGCACCAUCAAGAGCUUCGGCAUCUUCCUCCAGGACCUAAUGGAGGAGUUUGGAGAGACCAACAGUCGGGUCUCCUGGAUUGUUUCCAUCUGCGUGUUUGUCAUGACCUUCAAUGGUCCUCUCUCCUCUGUGAUGACUAACCGCUUUGGGUUCCAACUUGUUGUUAUGAUUGGAGGAUUACUUAUUUCCUCGGGUACCAUUGCCACCAGCUUUACCACCUCAGUCAAUCAAAUGUACAUCACCUAUGGAUUAGUUACAGGUCUGGGCUACUGUCUGACCUUUCUGCCCACUGUGACCAUCCUUUCCCAGUACUUUAACCAUCGACGGCCUCUGGUCACAGCUGUGGCUUCCACUGGAGAGUCCCUGUACAUGUUUGCCCUGGCACCAGCCUUUUCUGCACUGAGGGACCAUAUUGGCUGGAGACAUACCAUGUUAGUGAUAGGAGCUUUACAAAGCAUCAUCAUCAUCUGUGGUGCUCUGCUUCGGCCAAUCAUUAUCAAACCCAGAGUGACCUACAAGGCAGAGAGGUCAUCCCCAAAGGAACUGGAACCUCUUAGUACACAAGAGAAUAUAGAGGGCACAAAUUUAGAGGACUCUAUAAUAAACAAUACCUCACAUGCACAAAAUAGUCUGGAUAAUGAGCUAACGACAGGCUCUGUUAGCACUGGAGACUCUGGUGUCCAGUCUCUAAAGGACACAGACAACAGCAGCCCCGAGGAGAGGACUUUACUGCACAAAGGAGCAAGGUUGGAGACAGAACUGAUAUCUGUGGAAAACAAUAUGGCAGAGAUCAGAGAGUGUGAAACAGAGGAGAAAAAAAACAAAGAUGCAGAGAAACAAGUGAUGAAAGAUAAGGAAAAGAAAUCGGGUGAUGAAAAGCUAUCCGUGAAGAAUUCAAAAAUUCUAGAUUUCUCCAUCCUCAGAGAGUGCAGCUUCAUUCUCUACUCUCUGUUUGGACUGUUCGCCACGCUCGGCUUCUUUGCCCCUCAACUCUUCAUCAUUGAGCUGAGUGUGAGUCGCGGUGUGGAGCGGGACCGCGCCACCUACAUGCUCUCCACCAUGGCUGUGGCUGAAAUCUUUGGCCGAUUCUCCAUUGGGUGGAUCCUGACACGGAGGCAGUUCAGGAAGAAGAAGCUGCUUGUACUUCUGGCAUGUGUAAUUAUGACGACUGCGGAUCUGGUGGGAUUUACUUUGGUUACAGAGUUCUAUGGUCUGGCUGUGUGCUGCGCUUUGUACGGGUUCUUUAUGGGAACACUAGCAUGCACCCACAUCCCCAUGCUGGCUGAGGAUGAUGUGGUGGGCAUAGAGAGGAUGUCUUCAGCUGCUGGUGUUUAUGUGUUCAUACAAAGCUUUGCUGGGCUGGCUGGACCCCCACUUGGAGGUAUGCUGGUGGAUGUGACUCAGAACUAUGGAUCAGCCUUCUACUCCUGUGCAUUCGGUAUGGCAGUUAGUGCCAUGUUCCUGGGUUUGGUAAAACCCGCUAAGAGAGGAUUACUCUGCAGGAGGAGGAAUUCAAAACGCCCUAAAGACAUACAUGAAAGGAAAGAGGACUCUGAGGAACAGAAUGCAAUACAUACACCGGACAAAAGAACGGACAGUCCUGAGGAUUGCUCUGAAGUAGAUGACGACUUGGUCCAAGACCAGGCGGUGGCCACAAAUGUCCAGGAGGUUAUACGUUUUGCUUGAACCGAUAACAUAGAGUAAGGCUAAUAAAAGGGUCAAGCCAUACGAGAAUAAAAGGUUAUAAAAAGACUACUGCUGGUAAGUGCUUUAGUGACAUCAAUACAAUAAAGAGAAAGACCAAUAUUAAGUGUUUAUGAUCUGCCAUUGCAGAUCUGGGCUCUGAGAGCAAACUAGAACUUUUAGAUCACAACAUACCUAAUGUACCAAACAGUGUUUUUCUAGAGUCAGUACUGUUAAAUUUAUAUACUCUUAAAUUAUCUUUGCGUAAGCUUUUGAUAUAGUGAGACAGUGAUAUGUGAGAUAUGGCUGGAAAGUAUGGACAUGUUUAAAAUGGACCAUGAGUGAUGCAGUAUUAAUGGAGGUGCCUCAGUUUUAGAUAUUCCAGAAGCAAGAUGUAACACUGAUACUUGAUGAACUAAUUACCUGCUGGUGAUCAAUACCAUAAUGAUAGCCAGAAAAACUGUGACGCAAAUGUAGCUGCAAUAAAUUGCACAGAUUCUGUAACACGUGUUAUAGAAAACACAUAAAGCUCAGGAGACAACGUGUGUGAUUAAACGUGUUUAUUUUAAAUCAAACUGUCGCCAAGCUGACAAUGCACUGUUAUGUGAUAUGAGAUGUCAGACUCAAAACGGUUUUUGUAAUGAAAAAAUGUUCAAUCACAAUAAAGCAACAGUGUGAUUUGAACCUUUCAA